AUGCUUGUUCUUGUUUCUGCAGAGGCUCAAUCCGAGAGUCCGACCCAGGGCAGCGACGGCGACGUGAAGGAGCCGCCUGAGAACGGGCAUCUGGGCUUCCAGGACAGUUUCGUGACUCCUGGAGUGUUCACAGUGGCUGAACUUGUGCGGGUUUCACAGACUCCGAUCGCCGCUGGCUCUGGUCCAAACUUCUCUCUGUCCGACAUCGACAGCUCCUCCUACUACAGCCUGAGCCCCGGAGCCAUGAGGAGACCACUGCCCAGCACCUCCUCCUCCAGCUCAGCAAAGAGGAUAAAGUGCAUGGAGGAGGACGUGGACAGUCCUGGAGAGGAGACGUACUACAGUGGACAGGGACGGUCUCCAGGGAGCGGCAGCCAGGGCAGCAGCUGGCACGACGUCGAGCCUGCGAGCCCCCAUGCGCCCCCUGCUGGUCUACACUUCUCCUCCUCCCCCAUCCUUCAGCAGCCCGGGUCGUACUUCUCUCACCCGGCGAUCAGGUACCACCCCCAGGACACGCUCAAGGAGUUUGUGCAGCUCGUGUGUCCAGAAGGGGGCGCCACGCAUCCCAACGGCAGUUCCCAGGGUAAGGUUCAUAACCCGUUCUUGCCGACCCCGAUGCUCCCCCCUCCUCCUCCUCCGCCCAUGGCUCGACCGGUGCCCCUCCCUGUGGACAGCAAACCCCCGGCAACCUCCUCCACCGAGGGGGGCAGCUCCCCCACCUCCCCCACGUAUUCGACCCCCACCACCUCCCCCGCACAGAGGUUUGUGAGCGUGGGACCCAGAGACCCGGGAUUCAACAUCCCCCAACAACCUCAGUGGUACCUGGGAUAAGGCUGUGACUCGCUGCAGUCUUCUUCUCCUCAAACUGUGACGUUGACGCCAGCUGCACCAGUGAGCCCUCCCUCGCCCUUUAAACAGCCGCCAUUUUUCCUCCGAGACUCUUCUGACCGACACAGCAUCAGCAUGGCUACAGCUUCACCUGAGGGGGCGCUGUUUACCCACGUAUAGUGCCAGUGACUGUCAAUCAUCGAACCAAACCAGGAGAGGUCUGACCCAGAGCCUGACGGACACUAAACCACAGGCUCACCUCCCAGAAUCCCCCAGGAGUCCAAUCAAAAUCGACAUCCAGCCUGCUCUUUUGGGGCAGCCAUUUUGGGUGCGAUCGAAGCUCCUGCAUUUUCACUGUUGUCCUGAGAGUCUUACUUACCUACAAGGGAAGGACAAAAAAAAAAAACGGCUUUUCCGAAAGAAGCCACAAUCUUUCCGAGCGGACACGGACCUUCACGGAGAGAUUCGGAGCGAGGCGUGAAAAUCGCCCGCUGAAUGAACUACAUGAGGUUUAAGGUUUGGGCGGGUGGGAAUCGAACCGCAGACCAAACUCAGAGGGGGACAAACCACAAACCUGGAGCCAUUUUGUUUGUAUCUCCAUUUGCCGAUCAUGCAAAGCGUUAGAGACCUGUUUUCAGCUCAGUGUAAAAAAUCAUCGUCCCAUAAAUUUUAUAUGCAACCUGUGAAAAACCAAAGGCCCCUCAUCGCCCAAACACGAGCCCCUUAGACGCUUCAUUCAUCAGACGUAAACUUCCACUGCAGAGUCUGUUGGACGAACUCGGUGCAACUUUUUAACCUCUAAAACACAGAGUUCUUGUGUCACGAAGGAGCCAACGUUUCCUGAUUCUAUUUUACAUUUUCUCGCCCAGACUUGAACCCUGACCUCCACAAAACCGUCAAAUAAAAAUCCUGUAUUUUAAUGCGACUCCUGCCCCGCGCACAGCCGCAGUCAGUUCUGUUUAUAUCAAAUCCUCACAAUUACUCUCAAUGGAAAAUGUGUAAAUGAUGUUUUAUUGGACCUGUAUUUAGCGGGAGUUUUGUCCAGUCUGUUGUAGAUGUUUAGGAGACUGGAGCACACACUCGUCACAAGAGAAAAGUGCGCUCAAAGGACUCCACUGAGAGAUGAAUAUGGAGCAGAGAUUCAGAUGCCCUUCCUGACACCAGUCACUGUUGAGGUCACUUAGUUUAAGCAGUGGAAAAAGUUGCAUAGAGUUAAACUGACAACUUUGAGUAAAUAUUACACUAGAGGUCCCAUCACGCCGCCCACAAAGAGAGAACAAUCAAAAGCUGGCUCCCCCAUGAGCCAUGAGUUAAAGCAAUGCAAAGGUGCGUCCUCCUCUGAGCGAGGUCUGCGGCUCAGCCAAUCACCUCUGAGCGGUGUGCGGCUCGGCCAAUCGUACGGGUUUACGGUGGAUCAGGUGGUUUCGUCUCGGAGGCUUCACGGCUCAUUCUUUUAUCCAUCUCCUUUUGACCAGGGUUCCUCCCCAUCACAGCGCCAUCAUCUGAACAGGAGUUUCCAGGCUAUUGAGACGUUUUUUAGAAAUUUGCACUGAACAAAAUUGGAAUUGGGUAAUGUUGAAAUCUUUCUCUCAAAUCAGUAGUAUUUUUUAAGCAAAGCUUUUACAAACAUGAUUUCUCGUGGCCAUAGCCGCAGAUCACUGAAGCACUACUGUGAAAAACAUGGACAAUCUAUGAUGGACACAAUGUGCCACAAUAUUCUCCAGGGAUAUUGUGCAGCUCCACAUUUGAGCAGAUUUGAGAGCGUACUUUUCCAAACGUUCCGGUGCCUGGACACUUCUGGAAUGCCAUGCCGUUCCAUGCAGCGUGUGAACCUUGCAGGCGCUCCUCUCCAUCCCUUCUGUCCAGUCAGGGUCUGAGGUCUGUGUUUACCUAAAACAGGAAAGAGAUUCGAUCGUACCAGAGGAAUAAUGAUCAUGAGGAAAGUGCAAUUUUGUUGGCUCGGUGUCGGGUAGUGAAAUAUCGAGUUUAUGAGUUUAUUUUCGUCUAAGUCCGAUCACACCUCUGGACUCUAAAACGUCGGGGUAAAAAAGACAAACACCUUGUGAGAAAUUGCAGUUUUUACAUUAAUAACAUUUUAGCACGGCAGAACUAGCAUCCCUUUAAAUUAUACUGUUGUUAUAUUAUAGUUGAACAAUCAGCUUAAUUUAUUCCGAGGUGCAGAUUUUUAAAACAAUUUCUCACAAGGAAAAUCCCACGAAGCAGAGUCCUGUUUCUUCCCAUGGACACUAUCGUACAAAAUAUAAACUUAGCUUCAAAAAGUUAAAAGAAACACUAAGACUCAACCUAUUUAUUUACCAUCUUUCAUAUGCAUUUUUACAUUAUCCAUAAGUGUCCAUAGAAAGUCACAGGACGCCGUCUCCAUCAGGUAAAGCGAUAAUCAGUCCGGUGUCCCUUCGCACGAUAAUCGUAACGCGGGUAACAAGCCGCACUCUGAUUGGCUGAGUCUCCAAGAGGCGCUGUCCAAUCAGAUGCACUUAUGCAGACGUGUUGAAUCAGCGGGUGUGUCUGAGGGAAGCUAACCGUUCUGUCCAUCCAGUUUCGGUUUGUUCCACGAUAUAUAAAUAGAUCUAUAAACGCGCGCACACUUUUAAAUCCCCAUGUUGCAACGGUCAGAGAAUUUAAGUGAAAAAAGCAAAAACUACAAAAAAAAUCUGCAUGUUUUAGUGUUAGUGGCAUUUUUCAAUAGGUGUAGUUAGUGACAAAGACACUAUAUUGUACAAACUGAUGUCAGAUACUUUUGUUUUGUAAAGCUCUUUUAAAACCAACCAGCUCUCUUCACUUCAAAAUUAUCCUUUUAAUUUGAAAAUCUGUAAAAAUCCGUUCAGAAUCUUUUGUUUAUCACAAGUCGUUCCGAAUCGAUGUGCCUUGAGCUUUGGUCCGGUCCUAAAAGGUUGCACAGCAUUUGACGUCACCAUGGCCAACGUAACAUUUCCACAACUACAAAUAUAUAUUAAACAAAACAGAAAUAGGUUCAGACUCAUCUACACCAGCUACGAUCAGGGCGAGAAACACGACGCAAAGUCUGAAAUGCAAACAGAAUCUGGCGAAAUGGGCAACACAUUUAUAAACUAUGCACUUAUUUUAUUUAUUUAACCAGGAACGUCCCACUAUUUUACAUGUUUGAAAGGAAAAAACCAUGAACCCUUAGUAUUAAAGCAAACGUGUCUCCUAAGCUAACACUUAAGCUAACAUUUUUAUUCAUAAAUACAGCUAAUGUUUUUCAAGCCAAUGAAUUUUAUCUGACGGAUUGUUAGCUCUGAAGACACAUUCGGUUUAAAACUGUAAGACUUUUGGUCAUUUAUCGGGACGUCUAUUGUUAAACAAACCAGACGACUGUACUUAACGCCAACAGUAGGGACGGGCGAUAUAUCAGUUCCAGUAUGGGUAUCGACCGAUAUUCGAUACCCAUGUGUGUUUUGUGCUGCCCCAUUCUCUGUGUGCCCUUUUUGAACAGACUAAUGCGUUAAAGUUGAAACAGAAGAGCGUCACACGGCCGUAUCUUUACACAAGCACGUAACAAAUUAUUUUAAAUACAUUUUGUUAUUAGUUUUACGAAAGUGAAAGAUUAAAUUAAACUAAUUUAAGAUAGAUUUGAGGGCCUUGCUAUGGAUUUUAAAAGCUAAAUAUCGGUUAUCGGCCACAGCAGUAGGCCAAAUAUGUGAUAUCGGUAUCGGCUCAGUCCACGUUGGCCGAUCUAACAGAGAGUAGCGUUUUGAGAUUAGAUGUUCAGGUCUGGACUCUGGUAGAAGGAUAGAUACAAUAAAAGGUGCUAUAAUUAGAUGACUUCCCUUUCCAACUUUAUAACUGACUUUAGGUUCAAACCUCCGCGUUGGUCAUUUCAGAGACUUUGGCGCCGGACUCGAGGCGCGACGGGGCUCAAACCGCACAACGUACAGAUCUUCAUGUCUUCCUCUUUUAGUUUUGAAGUAUUUUGUUCCCAUAAAUGAAAAUGAGGACAUUAAAUAUGCAAUACAUUUAUGCACUCACGUUUUAUUAUUUUGUCAUUUUGGUUGUUGUUCGUUAUUACUUUCAACCAAAGUUUUCUGACCCGUUCGGUGGAGUAUCCAGCCAAGCUGAGCCGCCUAACCGGGAGUUUUUACGUUACUUAUUAUUUAACAUUUGUUCCAGAAGCCGCACGUGAAUCUGACCUUUAAAUAAAUACGUUUGGAUUUUUCUGGUCACAAAUGAGCCUUAAAAUACUUCAUCUCACAGAAAGCAUCUUCUUGAGACCUUUCUAAAAAAAUUGCCUCUACUUUGAGUCUGUGAGGUCAGAUUGAGGGGCAGUGAUUGGAAAUGUCUCUAACUCUCUAACUGUUUGCAGUAAAAAUAAUAUGCACCUUCAUUUAUCACUGCUACUUUCACCGUCCGACCAGUCUCUUUGUUUGUGGCGUUUGAGAGGAUUGGAUAUGGUUUUACUAAUGGACCAUGAGGUCAAAUUACAGCUUAAUAAGAAUUAAAAAAAUAUAAUUAUAAUAUAUAUAUAACAAACAAAAAAGCCAUGAUGCUUUGAUUAGGUUCUCUUACACUUGAUGCAAACUCCAGUUUUUUUUUAAACUAAAUGAGACAAUAUAAUGUGCCAUAUGUCAGAACCAGAUCUGACACGAGAUUUAAGCAGACAAAAGUCCAUCAAAUCAAACUAUUUCCAGUCACUGUCCACAGAGUGUAAACCUCUUUAGAAUCCUGUCCACUCCACAUCUGAAUCCGUCCGAUCACGUGUUUCACGUCACACUUUUGCCACGAGAUGGGCAUCAAUCUGCACUAAAGAUUAAAGAAAAACUAAAACUGCUCCUGAGGCGACGCAAAAGACAUUUUAAAAUCACUCAAAAUAUUUCACCUACAUUUCUCAAGUGUCGUAAAAACCUUGAUAAACGUCCAAUCGUUCAAUCAGCGCUGUGGUCUCAGAGCGGCGUACCGGGCGCAGUGUACCGGGCACAGUGUACUGGGCACAGUGUACCGGGCACAGUGUACUGGGCACAGUGUACCGGGCGCGGUGUACUGAGCGCGGAGUAUUGGCCUGACGUACCGGGCGCAGUGUACCGGGCACAGUGUACCGGGCACAGUGUACCGGGCACAGUGUACUGGGCACAGUGUACCGGGCGCGGUGUACUGAGCGCGGAGUAUUGGCCUGACGUACCGGGCGUGGGGUAUUGGGCGUGGCGUACCGAGCACGGAGUAUUGGCCUGACGUACCGGGCGCGGCGUACCGGGCGCGGCGUACCGGGUGCAGUGUAUUGGGCGCGUGUAAGAUAUGACAAAGUUGCACCCUUUUUAAAGAUGAUAUUACGAAGCAAUAGUUUGGGCAGUGUGUUCCUUUGUGUUGUGUUGUUGUGUGCGUACUUUAGUUUCAUUGGACGAAAAGGAAAAGGGAGAGCUCCGCCCACACCGGGGGCGGAGCUACAGUGUGUUUGUUGUAUAGUUUAUUCUAAUUACACUGAUUUUAAAGCUGCCCUAUUUUAUAUGCAGGACUUUUGUAAUGAGGAAACAUUGUGUUGUGAACUGUUUGUAUCAAGGCCACAUUAAUAGAAAUGUUUUUUGGGAACUGGGUUUAAGUUGUAAACUUCCUGUUUCCUUCUUUGUUUCUUUAUUUUUGCUUUUGUAUUUAAGAGUAUUCCUCUGUGAUGCUAUAGCUAUCAGCCCGGGCUUGAAAAGCUCGAGGUGACCAUUGUAAAUGGAUGUUUCGCUGUUUGUUUUAAAGGGAAUCUAAACCGAGGGUAUUCUGAGGAGAAGAGUGUUUUUAUGCAUUUUGACUUUAGUUUUAGGCAGGAGACAAUGACUUAGCCAGAGCCAAAGGAUGCCCGACUAUAACUGCAUCUGAAGGCAUCUUAUUUUGUGUUCACCAUUCCACGCGGGAAAUAAAGCUCCAUUAUGCAACAUGA